AUGGAGACACCAAAUCCCGAGCUGUUGGAGGAAGCGGUUCCGCUUUCAAAGUCUCUCCAUGAUGUCCUGUUAGACCUCCAUGAGCAUCCGUACCCCUGUGUCCCCAAUCCGCCAUCAUGCAAGAAACGUGCCUCUGUGGCCCUCGUUCUUCGAGUCCGACCUACGUAUAACCACUGGCCCGAUUCGCAACACCCCCUUUCUCCACAAGACAACACUGCGUCUGUCAAACAGCGCCUGGAUGCCUUCUUCUCUCAAGGCUGGGUUCAGAAAGGUGAUCCUGAGGCUCUCUUUAUCAAGCGAGCUUCCCGUGUAGGAGACCGCUGGACCGGCCAUAUUGCCCUACCAGGAGGGAAGCGAGAUCCAGAAGAUGCAGAUGACAAAGCUGCCGCGAUCAGGGAAACAUCGGAGGAAGUAGGACUCGACUUAACGACAGACGACUGCAUAUUUGUGGGAAAUUUGCCGGAGCGUGUCGUAUCUACUGGUUGGACCUCUGUGCCCUUGAUGGUUCUUUGUCCCUAUGUGUUCCUGUUAACAUGCAGUGAUUCCCCAACUCUCCGAUUACAGCCGACCGAAGUUGCUUCAACCCACUGGGUUUCUCUCAACGUUCUCCUUUCUCCAUCGCAGCGUACAGUGGAAUAUGUCGAUAUGUCGCAACGGUACGCGAAAACGGCCGGGUUCAUUACCAAUCUUACCUCUCGUUACAUGUUGGGCCUCAUGGAGUUUUCUGCCGUCCGGUUGAGACCAACUGAGAGCCUCCAUUGCAACGUAUCCCCUGGGUUUGUGAAUCAAGAUAGCCAGGCAUCAUCUUCGCUACUACAACGAUUCAAGACGUGGUUCUUACCAAACCAAACUAGUUCUAACAUUCAGCCUCGACCACUUCUUCUCUGGGGUUUGACCCUGGGUAUUUUAGCUGACUUUUUAGACAUGCUUCCGCCUCACACAGCUGUGCAAUUAUGGGAGCACCCUACAUUUACUUCCCCUGAUUUACGGUUGAUUAUCAGCAUUCUAACAUAUCGCCUACGAAAACGCAACAGGCUCCAAGUCAAGUCUGGAUCUCAGCCAAGCAACACAACGAUUGACAAUCAAACAGUUGCUGUAGCUGCAACAUAUGAUGCUGUGCACGCAAACCAAAUGCAUAAUGAAGUAAGCGUCGAGGGGCUGGGGGUUGGCAGAUACUAUGGGUCAUCCGUUAACAGAGAAUUGGAACGUGAGACACAUGCUGUUGGUAUCAUGCUCAAAGGCUAUUAUGCCAGACUCCGAAUUGCUAUCCAGAUUUUCCUGGCGUGGCGGGCUGCUAUAGGGUCUUUGGCUUUGAUUUACGCAUGGAGACUACUGCGACACCGCAAGCGAUUUGCACAGUGCUAA